CUAGGCCACACCAUGGCCGGCCUGCUGCGCCUCCUCCUGCUCAGUGCCUCCCUGGCCAGCCUUCUGUCGCCCGGGGGAAGUGUGUUCAUCAACCGGGAACGUGCCAACAGCAUCCUGGACAGGGUCAGGAGGGCAAAUUCAUUAUUUGAAGAGAUGAAGAAAGGAAACCUUGAAAGAGAGUGUGCGGAAGAGACUUGCUCCUACGAAGAGGCCCGAGAAGUCUUUGAGGACACGGAGAAAACGAAUGAAUUCUGGAAUAAAUACAAAGAUGGUGACCAGUGUGAAAGCAGUCCCUGCCUGAAUCAGGGCAGGUGCAAGGACGGCCUCGGGGAAUACACGUGCACUUGUCUGGAAGGAUAUGAAGGCAGAAACUGUGAAUUACCCAUGCGAAAAUUCUGCAGCCUGGACAACGGGGACUGCGACCAGUUCUGCAGAGAGGAGCAGAACUCCGUGGUGUGUUCCUGUGCCAGCGGGUACAUCCUGGACGACAACGGCAAGUCCUGCAUCUCCACAGAGCCUUAUCCCUGUGGGAAACUCACUCUGGCACCGAGGAGGAGGAGGUCGGUGCCCCAGGCCGCCCACAGCAGCGAGGAUCCCCCUGAAGACGGUGGAGACCUGGAUCCCACCACGAACCCUUUUGGUGGAGACCUGGAUCCCACCAAAAACCCUGUCGACCUGCUGGACUCCAAUAACACAGAGCCGAAUUCUGCAGAGGAGGAGAACACACUUGUCAGGAUAGUGGGAGGGAGGGACUGCAAAGAUGGCGAGUGUCCCUGGCAGGCUCUGCUCAUCAAGGAGAACAAUGAAGGCUUCUGUGGAGGCACCAUCCUGAAUGAGUUCUAUGUCCUCACUGCCGCUCACUGUCUUCACCAAGCCAAGCGAUUCAAGGUGAGGGUAGGCGAUCGAAACACGGAGAUUGAAGACGGCAACGAGAUGGUGCACGAGGUGGAGAUGAUUAUAAAGCACAACAAGUUUGACAAGAAGACCUAUAACUGUGACAUCGCCGUCCUCAAGCUGAAGACGCCCAUCAACUUCCGCAUGAACGUGGCCCCCGCUUGCCUGCCGGAGAAAGACUGGGCCGAGUCCACGCUCAUGACGCAGAAAUCAGGCAUCGUGAGCGGCUUCGGGCGCAUCCACGAGAAGGGCCGCACGUCCGUCACCCUCAAGAUGCUGGAAGUGCCCUACGUGGACAGGAACACGUGCAAGCUGUCCACCGGCUUCAGCAUCACCCCAAACAUGUUCUGCGCUGGCUACGACUCCAAGCUCGAGGAUGCCUGCCAGGGGGACAGCGGGGGGCCCCAUGUCACCCGGUUCAAGGACACCUACUUCAUCACGGGCAUCAUCAGCUGGGGAGAAGGGUGUGCACGGAAAGGAAAGUUCGGGGUCUACACCAAAGUCACCAACUUCCUCAAGUGGAUCGAGAGGUCCAUGAAAGCCAAGGCCAGGCCCCAGGGUGAGCUGGGGGUCACUGCCGCUCCCCUGUCAUUAGAUUGA